GGCGGCGGCGGCCAGGAGCGCCGGCCGGGGCGGAGCGGGGACCCCAGUGCGCUACCCGGCCCGGGCCAUGACCCCCGCUGCUCUCUCUUGCAGGCUCGUCGCCGCGGCCCCCGGAGCCCGGCCGCCGCCGCCACCAGCGCCCGGGUGGGCCCCGUGCGCCCCGGGCGCGGCUCCGCAGUGAGCCCCCCAGGAAGCGGCCUGCGGACGCGCCGCCAUGGGGCUUAAGCUGUCCUGCCUGAAAGGCUUUAAAAUGUGUGGCAGCAGCAGCAGCAGCAGCCAUGACGAGGCCCCCGUCCUGAGCGACAAGCACCUGGACGUGCCCAACAUCAUCAUCACCCCCCCGACUCCCACGGGCAUGAUGCUGCCGCGGGACUCCGGGCAGACAGUCUGGCUGGACGAGGCAGGGCCGUGCCCAGAGGACGGAGACAUAGACCCCGAAGCCUGAGGACGGGGCACGGGUCGGAGAGCGUCCUCCCCGGCUCCUGCUCCAGCCGCCCCGGCUCCACAAGUCCCUGGGGGCGAGGCUGCCUGGGACAGAUGCGCUGCGUCCCCUGGACGGGAAAACAAAGGCUCCUGGUGCCCGGCAGGUCGCAAGACGAGCAAGGAAGGAGCCCUGCUUGCGUCCGGAACCGUGUUUCCCAGGCCCCACUGAGCGGACCGGACCUCUACUGCCCAUGCGUUCGUGCUGCCCCCGGAGCCGUGGCGACGGCCGUCAGGACGCGCUCACCCUCCCCGCGCCCCGGGCCACGCAGCCGGGCACGAGGGAGGUCCACACACGCUCAAGAACUCCUUGCAGAGGAGUGACUGUUUUGUACAUGUGGUUUUACAGCUACCGAAACAGCCCAAAAAGUGGCUUAUGAUUUCUCUUUUGCAUUAUAAAUAAAGGCCAUCUGUAACGAU